GUGGGCUUGGGGGCGUGGCAGGCAGCAGUAAUAGAAGGAGUGAAGGUGCUAAUGCCAUCUUGGGAAAGGCGUUUGGGUCUCGCUAUGUGGAGCUCGCCUCAAUUGUUGCAGGUGGUCGCAGGGAGCUGGACCUCUACCCCUACGUCUUCUGCAUCGACAUCCUCGCCUUCUUCUACGUGGGGCUCUUCUACCAGUCUGCAGUGCGCGACAGGUCGCCCUUUGAGGAGGUCAUUCACACAGGCGACCAGUUCCCCUACACCUAUGUGGCCGUGCUCAUGACCCAGUUUUUCCUGAUAGUGAUCAACCGGAUUCUCUACCUGGUGUUCAGCGGCCCCCUGCGCGUGCUCUACCACCUGGCCUCCCUCCUCCUACACCUCGGCUACCCCAUGCUGCUCUUCUGGAACGCCAACCUCAUCGCCUCGCACAACACCAUCCGGGCCUACCUGGCGAUCAAAUCCAUCUCCCUCGCGCUCUCAGCGCUCCAGCUGAAGUACGGGCCGCCUGGGCCGGCGUCGAAGGCCUCGCCGUUCCUGACCCGGAGGGCGACGUGGCU